GCGGUACGGGUCCGGGAGCGGCUGCGGGUCUCGGGAUGGGGAACGGGGGUCCUUGCGGGGUCCCGCGGGGAUACGGGGCGUCCCUCUGGAGCUGUGAAGGCCUGGGCGCGUUUGGGGGCCGCUCGUGGCUGGGGGCUGUGGGAAGCGGGGUGUCGCGGGGCUGAGGCUGGCGCGGGGCUGUUUUUUGGGGGGUUCCUGUCGCCCUCGGGACGAGGGGCUGGCAGUGGCGCGCGGCCGGGGUCCGCAUGCUGCAUGGAGGCCGUCUCCCGACAUCGACCCCUCCCGCAGGUCUGUUUCUUUCUCAGAACCCUGUUCUGUACUGAAAUCCUUUAUGAGCCCAAGUCUAACGCCAAGCCCUGCUGUGAUUAAUGUGAAAAGGGCUCGGAAGGGAAUUUUAGCGACCUUCGGCUUCAUUAGGCAGGCUUUGCACAGCCCUAGUUGCACAGGGAGCCUACUCUUAUCUCAAAGCCCUUUCUCUACCCCAGCCCCGUAGCGAAAUCCCUCUCAAAUGCUCCUCACCCAGGGCGCAUUCAAAUAAAUUCUCACAACGGAAGGCUCUGAGCUGCCUUGGUGGGUGUGGGGAGAGCAGUGGAUGUUGUCUGCCUUGACUUCUGCAAGGCUUUUGCCACUGUUUCCCACGACAUCCUUGUUAUGAACCUUAGAAAGUGUGGGACAGAUGAGAGGAUUGGCAUCUAGCUGCACCUGGGGGUGUUCCUUAGGAGUCAGUGCUGGGUCCAGUCUUGUUCAGCAUCAUCAUCAAUGACCCCGGUAUGGUUGAGGCAAAUCUGAUACAAAUCUGGGAGGAAUGGCUGACAUACUGGCAGGCUGUCCUGCAAUUCAGCAAGUCCUGAACAGAAUGGAGAGUUGGGCAGGGAGGAACCUGGUGAAGUUUAACAAGAGCAAGUGUAGAGUCUCUCACCUGUGGAGAAAUAAAUGCACGUGUGACAGGUCAUGUUUUUGCAGUAGAAACUUCCAGUACCAAGUUACUGAACUUACGAUUUCCUUACAGAAUGGCUGCGUAGGUUAAAACGGCUGAUUAGGUUGUUUUUCACAAUAAAGAUGCUGAGCAGCAGGACAGAGUGGAGACUGUGAUGCCCUGACCGUGGGAGGAAACUGAAAUUUCCUGAAAGGAAUCCAGCACCGCCGUGCCCUUCUCAAAACCUCCUUUUGUGGGGAAGUCUCUGGACUCUCAGGAACGCAACAGCACACCAGUGUGGUUAAAAGCUGCUACUCUACUGUUAAGCACUAUUCUAUUGAUGUGUGAAUAUACUCUACUCUGUGUGAACAGAGCGUUCUGCAAAACACUCUUCAACCGUUCUGCAGGCUCUUCUCCAAUCAGAGCUGUCAGAUGUUCUUUCUUCUUCUAAAGGCUCUCACGCUGCUUAUCUUGCUCCACAGCUGCUGCUCUGAACAGUUUUUCUUCUAUUCCCACAUUCUUUGGCGUGAUUUGUGGAAGAAAGACUGUUCACAUGCACUACACAAACAAAAAGAGCAUCCCAGGAGCCUGACCUCAUAGACUUGCACGUUGCAGUGCCAAUGCUCCACGGGAGAAACAUAAAAUUACCUCAUUUGUUUCCUGCAAUUGCUCUGUCUUCUUUUUCCACACCAAGAAUACAUAUUCAAAAAUUUCAUUUGCAGCAAAAACACGGAAGCUAAAGUUAAAAUACAACAGCAACAAACACAGGGCUUUACAUGUAGAAAUUUGGAAAUGUGUGCUCUCUGUGAGGAUGGAGUUCUCUCCUCCAGCAUUCCAACAGCCUGUGUGCUUCGAAGCACAGCACUCGAGCGAUUUUUCUGGAGUUGCUAUUGUAUUCUGAUUCUCUGAGUAUGGAUUCUCUGAUUUCUUGAUUCCACGCCAGCGCACAAAGCUGUGCACAGAAACAACCCCUCACGUGUCACUCCAGUUCCUUCCCCUCCAUUGUGUCAUCCAGCUCUGGGAACACUCCUUUUGGAUCAGGAUCCUGCAGGCAGCAGAGUUCUUCCCGUAAGAAUGCUCAAAGACCAGAAGUGAAAGCAAAAUUGAUAGAUUGCGCAGAACACCCAGCAGCAGAACACCCAGCACCAGAACACCCUGAGUGGAGCUCAGACCGCAGCUGCUGCAAAGCCUGUGGUCCCUUGGGGCCCAGGGAUGCUUUCACCUUCGUCUUCCUCCUCUGAGGAUUGACUGAGUGACUCGUGAUCCCGGGAAGUCUGAGUCUAGGUGAUAAAUUCUGCCUCGCAUGCUGAUGAACAGCCAAUCUCCGAGGGUCUGGGUGAGUGAAAAGUCAGGGGAGCUAAGGAUUCUAGGUGGUAAGAAAGCUGAGCUAAGUGCUAGAAGUUGUAGGUAAUGGUAAGCAGUGCUGCUUGCUAGAAUGUUUAUGUAUUGCUGACACUCAGCUUGUAACCAGAGCCCUGGGGUCUGUCCUCAGACCUGCCAAGGAUGCCCAAGUGGGAUAAGUGUGGCUCAUGACAAUCCCAAUGCCCUGUGAGCCCAUGAGGGUGUGCACAGCUGUGCGUGAGAGUGGCUGGAACAGAAACAUCUGGAGGAGCUGGGAGGAAUGCAGUGGGGAAGUAAUUGUUUCCACACUGAUGAUUAAACAGCGACUGUGACAGAGCAACAAAACUCCACCGCUUUGUGCACGCAUUGUUCCAGGAUUAGGAGCUGCUGAACUUGAAGCAGCUAUUGUAAAUACUUUGGCUUGGCUUGAUGUGAUGCAGACUGCUCCUUUAAACAACUUGAGCUCUGAAAUUAAGUUGUAUGUAUAAUUAACCUUUCAAAAUUAUUGGGCUUUAGGUGAUCCUUUAGCACUGCCAGGUGGAAUACCAUCUGUUGGAUUAUGCUAAAUUAUCAAGUUACACUAACUCUAAACAAAGCAAACACAACAUAAAUGUCAGUCAGACCCAGGUUCUCACUUUUCACCAAAUGGUUCAGGAGCGACCCUUGGUGAGGAGUCUAACAGCUGUUUGCUCUUGCCUCUGGUCCUAAAAUUUUCAUGAAAGCUCCUACUGUAACCACAGGACGGUAACCAGUCAUUCCAGAGGAAUUCCCAGAAGAAAGUUCUCGUUCCCGUUGAAUCAGGUGAGAGUUCCAAAUAUCCUGAAAGGCUCCUGCUGUAAAGAACUGCAUUCCCGAAGCCUCUUCACUGCAAGCACCUCUCUGCAGCAGCACUGUGGUGAACAAUGGCAUCAGGAGGCAGUGAGGAGAAUGCAGUGGCCGAACUCCUGUGGUACACCCUUGAGCAACUGGGGAAGGAUGCUCUCACAGAGUUCAAGACUGAACUCAGCAAGAUCCAGCCUAAGGAGGGGUACGAGUGCAUUGAGCUGGAGAGUGUGGCGGAUCUGUCGCCAGCAGCGCUCGCCAGCUUGCUGUACAGCCACUUUGGGCAGUCCCACUGUGUGGAGGUGACAGCAGACGUGUUGUGGGCCAUGGGAUGGAUGGCCCUGGCCAACGAUCUCCUGGACAAGCUGAACCAGGGGGCAAUGUUUGUUGAAUGGAGCAGCGACCUCCUAAUCCAGAAAGUCUAUAACGUGGAUGGGACCAUGAAGGAACUCCUCCAGGAAGGUGUGCUGAGCCCUGAGCAGCAUGACAGCAUCAUGGCAGAGAGCACCAACCUGAACAGAAUGCAGAAGCUCUAUGAACUGGUGCCAGCAUGGGACAUCACAGCCAAAUAUUGCCUGUAUGAUGUACUGAUGAGAAAUAAUCCCUCCGUCUUCUUGCAAUAUAUAGCAGAUACCAGGGUUGAAUCAUGCUUUGAAGAAGGUAGGAUGGAAGAACAAGAUAUCUCCUGGACCGGUCCUGUGUUAUAUCCAGGUGGGAUGAAAAUACCAGUGAACUGCAUGUCCAGUUCUGUGGGCUGUCCAGGUGGGAUGGAAGUACCAGAGAUCUGCUUGUCCAGUUCUGUGAGCUAUCCAGGUGGGAUAGAAGAAGCAGUGACAUCUGGGAGCACAGACACAAAUUCGAGAAAACUGAUGGGAAAUCAAAAUCUGCUCACACCGUAUACACCUCCAGAACAUGAGCCCCCACACAUGGAGAGUGACAGUGGCGCACGCUCAGGUGCCAAAUGCAUGGCAUGUCCCUGGCAAGAGGAUGACGGGGCAGAAGUGGUGAAGCCAGAGAUUACUGGAGGCAAAGAAGGCAAGAAGGAGACAUACAGAGCUCAUUUCCCUCGGGCUGGUUUCUUCCGCUGUGCGGAGACAGAGCUCAAGUUCCUGGUGAGGACAGCCACCACUGUUGAGUACGAGUACUCCUUCUGGGAACGUCACCUGCCUGAUGGGAUCCCCGCUGGAUGGAUGGAGGCUGGACCGGUGUUCGACAUCCGUGCUAUGCUGGGUGCUGUCGAGGCCAUUCAUCUCCCUCAUUUCCUGUGUCUCACAGAGGGAAAUGUGAACACCUCUGAGAUGCGUAUCGGCCAUGUCGUCAAUGGGAACCUGCUCCUGGAGAAGCCUGAUGCAGUGAAGCCAUUCCAUGCAGAGUUGAGGGACCCCAGUUUCUCCCCCAUGGGAGUCAUCUUGCUUUCUGCCGCAUUCCCCUUCAUCCCCGUGCACUCCCUUGUGCUGCUCUACCGUGUCAUCAGGGCUGCCGACAUCACCCUUCACCUCUACCUCAUCCCCAACAACCACGGCCUGGAAAAGGUGGUGGACAAGGAUGAGAAGAGACGAGGCCAUUCACUCUUGGUGAACAAACCUCCCCAGACCAAACGACCGCUGAACUUUAACACGUGGUACCGCGUAUCUGGUCCUUCACAAGCAGAGAUAAACCCUCAAGAGCUGAAAUUCGUCUACCUGACAUCAGACAGCCGCCAGCUCCACACCGAGAUCUACAACAAGGACCUCCAGGAGGGAAUGCAGCUCUCGCUGAUGAAGGUCGCCCAGGAGGGUGAAAAGGAGUGUGACCCACUGUGGGCUGCCUUCCUGAGGGCAGGGGACAUUGAGCCUCCAGCUGCCUCUUCUCCUCCUUCGUACUCAGCAGGGCUGCAUUUUGUGGAGCAGCACCGAGAGCAGCUGAUCCAACGUGUGACAUCUGUCAGCACUGUCCUGGACCGGCUCUACGGGCACGUCCUGAGCAAUGAGCAGUACCAGCGCAUCCGAGCAAUGCCCACCAUGCAGGAGCAGAUGCGGCUCCUCUACAGCUUCACGCCCAGCUGGGACGUCACCUGCAAGGAUCUGUUCCUGGACGCUCUGAAGGAUACCAACAGUCACCUCAUCCAGGACCUCCAGGGACAGUGAAAACCAUCUCAGGGAGGUUCUGAGCGAGCUCAGCUCAUGGACGCCUUGGGGAAGAUGAGCCCCUGGUUGGGCUCUAAAUGACUCAGGGAGCCCUGAGCUUGGGCUGUCUUUAACCCAACCAACCUGCAGGAGUUCCCCCUUAACACCCCCUUAGUCCCUGUUGCCACAGCGCUGACCCCAGAACCAUCCUGUUAUCCCCAUCAGGGACCAGGUUUGUGCUGGUGUGCCAGCACACAGAGCCACAACCUUCACAUAAGUUUCCAUCUUAAUUCUGCAGAACAAGGAGCUGGGCAAUCUUUUGCUAAGGCAGCACCACCCGAGAUAGAAGCACAGUUAUUCCUACAUGGAUGUUUACAAGCUGUUCUCUUUUUAUAGUUUCUAAUUGGGUAGUUGGUUUCAUCUUUUCUGGGCUUGCUCUUUCUGGGACUGCAAGAUUCUGUCUCAUUACAAUCUCAUUUUCAUACUGAUGGUACAUGCUUUAUCAAGUAAUUAGCCCUUAAUGAGCCUAAAGACCAACUUCAGGGCAAUUUCCCUUCCUUGCUGACACCAGAAUAUUAUCACUUUUGACACACUUGGGGCUGAAUUGUUCCUUUUUCACUCAUUCUUCCCCUAUUUGUGAUCAAUUUUUUCCACUUUUCUGUCCUCGGUGGCCAACUUUGAGACUGUGAACCCAUUGUUUUUCACUUUUCUCCGGUGGACACUGGGAGCAAUGCGUUAGCAGCAAUUGCUUCCAGAGGUAAAGAAGCGUACAGGGACAGUUUUCCCUAUCAUCAUAUAACUCAUUUCAUUUAAAGCCACCUUUAUGAUUCAGCCAUUCAGUUCUUGUAAUUCCCAAACACGCCAGGGCAGGGAAUUAUCUCUCCAAUAAUAACCUCCAACAGCGUGAGAAGAUCAACAUUAAAGGUGCCUAAUUCUGGCAGCAUCAAAUGCUUAUUGACAUAAUUCCAUUCUUGUGUCGGCCUCAAGGGAGUGGGAGGUGGUAAUGUCUAUGACACAA